AUGCCCUCUCAAGAGAUCGGGGUACCGAUUCCUAAUAUACCGCAUGCCGUGUCGGUGACAUUGCCAACAUGGGCUGCGACAGUUGGAUAUGAAGAAGGAGAAGAAUGGGUGACCUCCAAGAUGAACUCGGGAUACCCCAGAUUUUUUAUACACACCACCAUCAAACAACUCUGCAAAAAGAUUCAAGACAAGUACGGACGCGAAGGGGAAGAGUGUUUGGUCUUCCCCAGCUACAAGGUAGCAAAGAGAUGUCGAGAAUUCAUCAAGAAGAGAUCGGGUGGGAAAAUUAGAGUGCUUCAAUUGAGCACAGCCGAACCGGUGACAGAAGCGGAAAAGUCCACUAAAGUCGGAACCAGCGUGGGCGUAACGUUUUUCCCCAAGCUGGAUUUCCCUCUUGCCAAAAGCUACUGGCAGCAUUCGGGAGAGGGCAUCAGUUCGCGAAUGGGGGAGUACAUAAAUAAGGAGUUGUUCACCGCACAUAGAAGUGUCACCAAGCUGGAGUUGCAAGCGGAAAAAAUCCAGUCUAGAUCGCCAUCGAUCAUUGCGUCCAGAUCGAGCAACUCUGGCUCCAACGAUGACGUAGAAAAGGAGUUUAACACAUUCAUUGAGCAGAAAUUCGGACGUGUUUUGGAUUUGAAAUUCGCCAAGGAGGCCAAGAGAGCGUUGCGGAGAAGGAUAUGCGGGAAAGUCGACGUGAGCAGGAACCAGAUUGAGGAGAUUGAAAAGCUGAAAAGGGGGAAAUAUCUCAGUGAGUCGGACGUAUACUUGUUUCCAUCGGGAAUGGCAUCAAUCUUUUGCGCCCAUCACGCACUACUCAACUUGACUCCAGGCAAAUCCGUCUGUUUUGGAUUCCCCUAUGUCGACACCCUAAAUAUAUUGAGGAAGUUUGGGCCCGGUGUGCACUUUCUCGGGUUGGGAGACGAUGAAUCAUUGGAGAAGUUGGAGAAGGAUUUGGAAGGCGGCGGCUUAUCGAUCAUGGCCUUGUUCUGCGAGUGCCCAUCGAACCCUUUGUUGAAAACUCCAAACUUGAAGAAAAUCAAGGAAUUGGGGGACAAGUAUGGGUUCGCCAUUGUUGUCGACGAGACCGUGGGCAAUUUCUUCAACAUACGGGUAUUGCCCUAUGCGGACAUGGUUGCCUCGUCCCUAACAAAAGUGUUUUCGGGAGACUCCAAUGUUCUCGCGGGUUCGCUCGUGUUGAACCCGUUGUCGAAGUUUUACCCGAAACUAAAGAGGUUUUUCGAUACUGAGUACGAGGAUUUGUUAUGGUGCGAAGAUGCAUUGUGGUUGGAGCGAAACUCAAGAGACUUUGUGGAGCGGGUGCACAGGAUAGACCGGACUUCGGAAAAAGUGGUGGAUUUGCUCAGUGCUUGCCCCAAAAUAUCGCAAGUCUACUACCCCAAGACGAGUCCCACCAGACAUUACUACGACGAGAUCAAGAAUCAAGAUGGCGGCUACGGCGGACUCAUCUCUAUCCUUUUCCAUGACUCGAAAGACGCAAUCAAAUUCUUUGACGCGGUCGACCUCCACAAGGGACCGUCGCUUGGAACAAACUUCACCUUAGCGUGCCCCUACGCUAUUCUCGCGCACUAUCAAGAGCUCGACGAAAUCCAGGAGUGGGGAGUGGAUAGAAACUUGAUCAGAAUCAGCAUAGGAUUAGAAGAGGACGAAGACUUAUUAAACAGGUUAGAAGUAGCACUAAAUUAA